GUGAGUGAGUGAGCUCGCGUAUCUUUGCGAAUGCGUACAAAUCGAACAGGUUCGCUAGCUGGCGUUUCGUUUUUCUGCCGUUUGUUUAUAACAAAAGAACGUCUCGUCACGAACGGUACGGACGGAUUGUGUCUGAUUGAAUUCAUUCAAGCGUUUUACAAUUGCCAACAGCUCAGCGUUUUGUUUAUUGUUGGUUUGGGGGGUUUUGUCUGUCCUAAAAUCGCGUUUAAAUUUAAAGACAAGCUUGAAAAUCCGCGAAACGUUAGCAAAGUUGACCCCUCCUGAAACUGCCUUCCUGUGGCUCAAAUGUGAAUAUCGAGCGGUGUCAUGCCAACAAUGCUAUGGAAAAAUUUCGUUUAUUUUUAAAUGAGAAAAGAAAAAUUUCUAGGUGUGCAAAGAGAAAUUACUGAGAAUAUGUUGUUGUUGUGAUACCAAAACAAAUUGAUUCUAAUUAAACAACAACAACAAUAGCCAAUUAAACAAAUAUUGUGUAAUUGAAAAAAAAACGAAAAGAAUUUAAAAAACCAACCGAAUACCUCGUCUCCUGCAGUGAUAGUGUUAACAUUAUAAAGAAUAAUAAAAAAAAAUAUUUAAAAAUAUAUUAGCAAAAAAAAAUUUAAAAAAUAUUUUUGAAAUAGUUUCAAAACAAGAAAACACCACAAAAAUUAAAAAAAAAUCAGUUCAACACCAGUUCAUUAAAAAUAAGUGAAUCAAAACAACAACAAAAUAUUGAGAAAAAUAUCGUUUUUGUGAAAUUAAAUUUUAAGUAACUCCCUUUGAACCCACUUCGCCAGUAUAUGCAAUCAUGAGUUCUUUCAUUAUGGGCUAUCAUCCGCACGCACCUCAUCAUGUCCAAAAUUCCAUGGGCAUGAACAAUGGAUUAGAUCCGAAAUUCCCUCCUGUUGCCGAUGAUUAUCAUCAGUACAAUACCCACUAUUCGAUGACAGCCUCUACGGGCCACAUGGUACCGGGUAAUGGCGGUGCUGUUUGUAUGCCUCCCUCACAUCCGCAUGCCACACACCCGGCGGAUAUGGUCAGCGAUUAUAUGGCUGCAGCGGCUCAUCAUCAUGCGACGGCCGGUGGUCAUCCCCAUCAUCCACCUCCCCAUUCACAUACGGCUCCGCACACAAAUAGUGCUCUAACGGGUCAUCAUCAAAAUUCCGCCUAUUCAAAUUAUGGUUCCACAACACCCACCCACCAUCCGCACCCGCAUCAUGGUCAUCACCAAAAUCUUGGCUAUUAUGGUCAUCAUGCGGCGGCUGCCGCUGCUGCAGUCGGUGUCCACCAUACAACGGAUUAUCUGACAGCGGCCACUGGUGGCCUACAUUCAGAUCCGACGGCCACUUCGUUGGGCUCAACGAACAUCUAUGCUCCAGCGAUAACAUCGCCCAGUGGCGCUGGCAAUGGCACCGCCGCAAUUACCUCAAGUGGGUAUUACAACAGUUACUAUGGUACAAAUGGCAGUGUGGGUAGCACCCAUUCUCAGGGUCAUUCGCCACAUUCACAGAUGAUGGAUAUGCCACUGCAAUGUUCAUCGACGGAACCGCCAACAAAUACUGCUCUGGGAUUACAAGAAUUGGGACUUAAAUUAGAAAAGCGCAUUGAAGAAGCUGUACCUGCCGGACAACAAUUACAGGAGCUGGGGAUGCGGUUACGCUGCGACGAUGAUGGAUCAGAUAAUGAUGAUAUGUUAGAGGAAGAUCGUUUAAUGUUGGAUCGUUCUCCCGAUGAACUGGGUUCUCCUGGGCUGGACGAUGAUUUGGGAGACUCUGACACCGACGAUGAUUUAAUGUUGGCGGAAACAACGGACGGUGAAAGAAUCAUUUACCCAUGGAUGAAAAAGAUUCAUGUGGCUGGUGUUGCAAAUGGCUCCUAUCAACCGGGCAUGGAACCCAAACGACAACGUACCGCCUACACACGUCAUCAAAUAUUGGAACUGGAAAAGGAAUUCCAUUACAAUCGUUAUUUAACACGAAGAAGACGCAUUGAAAUUGCCCACACAUUGGUGUUGUCCGAGAGGCAAAUAAAAAUUUGGUUUCAAAAUCGACGCAUGAAAUGGAAGAAAGAUAAUAAAUUACCCAACACAAAGAAUGUCCGCAAAAAGGUCGAUGCUAAUGGCAAUCCAAUAGCCCCAUUGCCCAAGAAACCAAAGAGAGUCAGUGCCAAGAAACAGGCGCAACAACAGCAGCAGCAACAGGCGCAAAAUACGCAACAGCAGCAGCAGCAACAGCC